GCCCUACUCCCGAUGAAAUCGACGUUGUUCCCGGGGUCACAUGCGACCUUGUCAUGUCCACCUACGGCAUCAACCUCACCAGCUUCACCCAGCUCAACCCCACUCUGAACUGCAAGAAGCUCAAACUAGGCGAUGAAAUCCAUAUUGGCGACACCAACCCAUGUGCCACGCCCUAUACGGUCACAUCUCAAUCCGAUACAUGUGCAUCCAUAGCAGCAGCGUUCAACAUCACAACAGAUGAGCUGAAGGAGCGCAACCACGAGCUAAAAUGCAGCAAGGCGCUGCAGAUUGGCCAGCAGGUUUGUGUGGUGAGGGGCACAGCUGACCUGCCAGUGUGCCAGGAGUACGUGACUGUAGCGGAGGGAGACACAUGUGACACUAUAAUGAGGUCUGCGCGGCCGCCCCUGACCAGCCAGGAGUUCUAUGCGCUGAAUCCGGGCAUCAAUUGCAACGUGGGGGAGCAGAUUCUGCUGGGGCAGCAGAUCUGUACUCGCGGUGGCCAAUCAAGUGUUCUGCUGGGUGCCUCAAAAUUCUACCUUCCUUCUCCGCUAGAUAACAUUAAAAUGGCUGCGAUGCUGACUUCCAGCCUCUGCAGCAGCAAUCCAGCUGCGAGGCUUUUCCCCAGCUUGAAGCCCGCGUUGUCCGCAAAUGCCGUACAAGCACUCACCUAUCGUUACAGUCACACACCGCUCCAGCUGUCAAGCUGCUCCAAUCGCAGCCGGCGGCUGGUUGUCGUGGAAGCAUCAACUACCAAUCCGUCCCAGAUUUCGUUUGCAACAGCGGUGGAGAGCCAACCUACCCUCUUCCAGGCAAUCGACUUCAAGAAGCUUCAAAACGGAAGUGACAUAAGGGGAGUGGCUAUUCCGGGGGUGGAGGGCGAACCUGUGACACUAACGGAGCCAGCAGCGGAGGCGAUAGGCGCGGCCUUUGCUCGGUUCCUGAAGGGGAAGAAGGAGCAGGCGGGCGAGAGGGCUGAUGGGCAGCUGAGCGUGUCCAUCGGGCAUGACUCGAGAGUGUCGGCUGAUGUGAUCACGGCAGCAGUGGCGCGUGGGCUGGCAGGCGAGGGCGUGAAGGUGGUUCGGUUCGGCCUGGCGUCCACGCCAGCCAUGUUCAGCAGCACAGUCACAGAGGAUGCGAGCCUGCACUGCCCCAACGACGGUGGCAUCAUGAUCACAGCCAGCCACCUCCCCUUCAACCGUAACGGCCUCAAGUUCUUCACAGCAAAGGGCGGCGCAAACAAGGCGGAUAUCGCGGCCAUCCUGGCGUCUGCCGCCCAGAUCUACGAGUCCAUGUCAGCAGAAUCCGUGCAGGCCAAUCAGGAGAAGGCGGAGAAGCAGACGGUGCAUGUGGAUUAUAUGAAGAGAUACGCUGCAGAUUUGGUUGACGCUGUGAGGAAGGCGGCUAAGGCUGGAGAUCGUCCAUUGGAGGGUUACCACAUCGUGGUUGAUGCUGGUAACGGCGCAGGGGGCUUUUUUGCUGCCGGGGUGCUGGAGCCUCUAGGAGCCAACACUUCUGGCAGUCAAUUCCUUGAGCCUGAUGGCCUGUUUCCGAACCACAUUCCGAACCCAGAGGACAAGGCAGCCAUGGAGGCGAUCACAGGCGCGGUGCUGAGGGAGAAGGCGGACCUUGGGAUCAUCUUUGACACUGACGUGGACAGAGCUGCAGCCGUUGAUUCGUCCGGCAAGGAGAUCAACCGCAACCGUCUGAUUGCUCUCAUCGCGGCGAUCGUGCUCGAGGAGCACCCAGGCACCACUAUAGUCACAGACAGUGUGACAUCGGAUGGACUGACCACAUUCAUUGAAUCUAAGCUCGGGGGCAAGCAUCUGAGGUUCAAGCGGGGCUAUAAGAACGUGAUUGAUGAGGGCAUCAGACUGAACUCGGUGGGAGAGGAGUGCCAUCUUGCCAUGGAGACCAGCGGCCAUGGGGCUCUCAAGGAGAACAGAUGGCUUGAUGAUGGCGCCUACCUCAUGGUGAAGCUGCUGGUGAAACUGGCAUCAGCAGCAGGCAAGGGGGAGGCAAAGGGCAGUGCGGUGUUGACGCGCAUGAUAGAGGACCUGCAGGAGGCUGACGAGGCUACGGAGGUUCGGCUGCGAAUCAACCAGGACCACGCUGACGUGACACCCAUAGGGUUCCGCGCAUACGGGGAGAAGGUUCUAGAGGCGCUCACAGCCACGGUGGAGAGCGAUGCUGCACUCUCCAAGGCCCCUGUCAACUACGAAGGGGUGCGGGUGUCCGGGUUCGGUGGAUGGUUCCUGCUGCGCUUGUCUCUCCACGACCCUGUCUUGCCACUCAACAUUGAGGGCCCUUCCAAGGCGGCCACCAGGAGGCUGGCAGAAGCUGUUGUGUCUGUGACAUCGCACCAAGGAAGCAGCGGAGCGAGGGAUCGUAACGGAUACGAAACGGACGACGGCGGAGGGAGCGGAACUGGGGGCAGAUGGCGGGGCUCAGGCGGAGCGGGAGGCGGAGGAGGCGGCGGAGGAAGCAGGGGAGGAGGCGGCGGAGGAAGAGGGGGAGGAGGGGGAGGGGGCGGAGGGGAAGGGGGAGGUGGGAGCGGAAUGGGAAGCGGACUGGGGGGCGGGAGCGGAAACGAGGGUUCAGGGUUUGGAGGGUUUGGAAGCUUCCCACCAUCUUCCUUACCUCGCCUCAGCCCGCUGAACAUCCUUCUCGAAAUCCAGCGGCGCGUGAACAGUUACUUUGCCGCCCGGCCGCUGCGCAGAGCCAUGUUUGGCGGCAUCGCAUUGUUUGGCGGUUUCUACGUCGCCCAAACCAUCUCUCUCUCCUUCGGCGCUCUGAGCGUGAAUGACGUGGCAGCUGCUGCGAUAUGUCUGGUUUUCACCGAAGUGGUAACCAGAUCGUACUACUCUACGUUACGCCCGUCGUUCCCACUCGCUCUGCUGAACGUGUUCAAGAUGGGAUUCACUUACGGUCUCUUCAUAGACGCUUUCAAGCUAGCCAGCUGA